AUGGCAAGAAUCAUUUGCUUGUUGUUAUUGCCUUCAAUGAUCUCAGCAAUGCUUACUUUGCCAGGACAAAUUCCAUACUGGGCUGGAGGUGCUUCAACUGGUUCAUUGUUUGGAAACAGUUUAAUUGGAACUAAUCAACAGUUAAGUAACUUGGGACUCCUAGGUGGUCUUGGUGGCUUGCAAAGUUUCGGUGGCUUACAAGGUCUCGGUGGCUUACAAGGUCUCGGUGGCUUACAAGGUCUUAGUGGUUUACAAGCAAUCCAAAUGCCAUACGGCAGCAAUAUGUACCCUUGUAUGCCAUGUAUAAUCUGUUCACCGCAAAAUACCCCAACAAAUUGUAUGCCUACACCGAAACCAGCACCAUUUAAUGGGCAGUUUUGCUGCUGUUGCACACCUACGAUUGGAUCAGGAAUUGGCAGCUUUAAUGGAAAGAAGUAA